AUGUCCAGAGGUGGUGGGCGAGGAGGAGGGCGAGGAGGCCGGGGAGGAGGCAGAGGAGGACGGCCAGGUCUUCCAUGGGAUGAUACAGACGAGCCUGAUGCCCGGCCCUCUGAGCUGUUCCCACCUUACGUCGUCCCGACUUCUCGCAACCUCAACGCCACAGAAUACAACGGCGUCCAGUACUUCCUCCUCCUUCGCCACCAAAUCCACUCAUCGCCGCUCUACACAUCCAAACGAACCUCGCUCAUCGACCCCGACGCGCCGCGCAAGACCUACGGCCGCGACCAGAUGAACGCCCUCUACGACGUCAGAAGCAAAGCCUCCGUCGACCCCUUCAGCGCAAUGCCAACCUACUCGCAGCGCUUCUCCCGCCCCGAGCGCGCGCUCCCGGAAUGGUCUUCGCGGCCGGUCUGUCGCGAAAUGUACCCGCCCGAGCUGCUCGACACGGUCGACUCCGCGGAUGCCAGCGGCGUGAGGAAGCGGCGCAAACUGGAGCUGAGCAAGGUGAAUGCCCUGCCGAAUGCGGAGGAGGCGUUUGGCAUGCCGGCCAUUGAGGGCGACGACGAGGGCGUGCCGGUGGAUGGGAAGCAUAUCCUGGAAAAGCUGGAUGCGCUGCGGGACGACGAGGGCGAUGAGGUUGGCGAUGCGGAAGACGAUGAGGGUCUGGAGGAGGAAGAGGAAGAUGAGGUUUACGAUGACGAGGAUGCUGGUGAUUAUGAUGCGGAGGGAUACUUUGACAAUGGCGACGAGGGCGGCGACGACUACGGAGAUGAUGGAGAUGGUGAAGGAACAUAUUAA